UCCACAAGCCUCCCUGGUGCGACAGAAGUCGGGGAUUCACCUUUAGAAGCCUCCCUGGUGUGACAGGAGUCGAGGAUUUACCUUCAGAAGCCUCCCUGGUGUGACAGGAGUCGGGAAUUCAUCUUUAGAAGCCUCCCUGGUGUGACAGACACGACUUGCAACAUCCACUUAGUAACACCACCACCUGUGCUAUCACCAUCUGUGCUAGGAGCACCAGUCACAACCACCACCUCCACAGACCUACCCUUCUUGAAACACAAUGCGGGAGGCCCAGGUGUCUACCGCCACGCCAGGAGGUCUAUGGAUUGCAUCUGCUAUUAAGAGGUGGUGUGUGAGUUGGGGCAGCUAUCUCCUGGACCAUGGGCGCAGAUCCUGGAACGGUGUGGGCACCAUGCCCACGUCAACGCAGUUCUCCCAUGUCAGGCACUGUCCGAGAGUCAUGGAUAACUCUGGCUGCGUCUGUGGUCGAGGAACGGCAAUUGUUGGUUCUCUAAGUGCAGACAUGGGCGUUAAUACAUCCUGGUUGAAUGAGAAUGGAAUGCCAGCACCACCGUCGCUAUCUACCAGUCUCUUAACCAAAAACAAACCUUUCCCAGUCCGAGGAGAACGCGCUAACUAUGUCAACAUCCCCCACGUUAUUGUUAUGGUUGGUCUACCAGCACGAGGGAAGACAUAUAUGGCAAAGAAGCUUACACGAUACCUAAACUGGAUUGGCAUUAAGACGAAAGUUUUUAACUUGGGUGAGUACAGGCGACGUGCCACCCAGCAAUACAAGAAUCAUAACUUCUUCCGAAGUGACAACGAAGAAGCAAUGGCACUACGGCAACGCUGUGCGAUGGAUGCCUUGGAGGAUGUUUGUAAUUGGCUUGACAAUGAAGGAGGAGAAGUAGCGGUGUUUGAUGCCACAAAUACAACGAUGUUACGCCGCCGACUCAUAUAUGAUAAGGUUGUGAUGGAGAUGGACUAUAAACUGUUUUAUGUGGAAUCUAUCUGCGAUGAUGAAUCAAUCAUUGAAUCUAACAUUCGGGAUGUGAAGAUCAACGGGCCAGACUACUUCAGGUCGACCUCAGUUAACAUUGUCGCUCCAGGGCAUCCUUGCUCUCAAGAAGUUAAAGUCAGCAGUCCAGACUACUGUGGUAUGACUGCUGAGGAAGCCCUGGCAGAUUUUUUGCAGAGGAUCGAACACUACAUGGCACAAUACCAACCCUUAGAUGAGGCAAAAGAAGAUCAUCUUUCCUUUAUGAAGGUUUAUAAUACAGGCGAGAAAGUUGUAGUGCAUAAACACGAGGGUCAUAUACAGGCGCGCAUUGUCUACUAUUUGAUGAACACUCAUGUUACUCCCCGCACCAUCUAUCUCGCCAGGCAUGGUGAAAGCACCCACAAUGAAAUGGGAAGAAUAGGCGGUGAUGCUAACCUUAGUGAAAAUGGUCGCCUGUUUGGCAACGUUCUGGCUAAGUAUAUUAAGGACCAAAACAUCCCCAAACUGCGAGUGUGGACAUCCUGGCUGAAGAGGACAAUUCAAACGGCUGAAGGCAUUGAAGCCCCCCAAGAGAGGUGGAAGGCACUCAAUGAAAUUGAUGCAGGCAUCUGCGAGGAGAUGACCUAUGCCGAAAUCAAAAGACAUUUCCCAGAAGAUUUUGCUGCUCGUGACCAGAAUAAAUUUAGCUACCGGUAUCCUCGCGGUGAAAGCUAUGAAGAUCUGGUCGCUCGGCUGGAGCCAGUGAUUAUGGAAUUGGAGCGUCAAGGCAAUGUUUUGCUUAUUGCUCACCAAGCAGUCUUGAGGUGUCUUCUAGCAUACUUUCUUGAUAAACCUUCUGAUGAACUGCCAUACAUUGAGGUACCCUUGCAUACUGUAAUUAAGCUGACACCUGUUGCAUAUGGUUGCAAGGAGGAAUAUGUACCUCUCCAUGUUCCGGCCGUCAAUACCCAUCGUGCUAAGCCAGAGAUUCCUGGAUCGCUUGACUCAGUGAGUUCAAUAGUUGAUAAUAUGGAGAUGGCCUCUUGAUAAUAACGUCUAAUAGGCCUACUACUGCUCAUAGGCAUUUUUUGUCCCAUUUGUUGCCAGCAGUUCAAAAUUGCAAAUUUUCACCUCGUUAGUGUUCACCAUUCAAGUUUUUUGGGUACUUUAAUGUUAAAUUCAUUUAAUGUUAAAUUCAUCAGGUGCCUAUGUAUUAAUUUAAUGUUAAACAAUGUGUGAUUUUUGCUUGGAAGUUCUCCAUUGUUAUUGUGUUCAUUAUUUAUUCAUAACUAACCCCCACUGUUUUGGAGAGGAACAACGGUACAUGUUUUCAAGAGGAAACUGGAUCACUACCUCCUACAAGUGCCAGAUCAGCCUGGCUAUGUGAGUCUGUAGACUAUAAGCAGCAACAGCCUGGUUGAUGGGGCUGGCCUCAGGCCAGGCUGCGACAGUAGAACUCUUCGAAACUGCUCACAGCUAGAUGACAUUUCAGUCCAUUCUGAAAUUUCUUUUUAAGCCACAUUUAGAUAAAUUAGACACAUGGUCAACACUUAGGUAUCUUUAUUAAGGAAACGUUUUGCCACACAGUGGCUUCAUCAGUCCAAUGCAAGGAAGAGUGGUGAAGAUCAGGAGUUUGAUGUAAUCUGUCCCUCAUCCUGGAGUUGAUGUAUUCAGUCCAUCAGUCGUGGCGAAAUAUUUCCUCAACAAAGAUACCCAGGUGUUGUACAUGUGUCUAAUUUAUCAACUUGUUGAUUUUCUGAACCAUUUAUCUAAAGUCACAUUUAAAUGGGGUAUAGAAAUUUAAUUUUCUGCAGCUAUAUAAAUGAUAAGUUUACAGUAUUGGUUGCUUGUUUAAAGGUGUUAGUAUUAUUCAUUUGUGUUUGAAGAAAAUGAUGUUGAGGAUUAGAAAACCAAAGACAAAAACUUGUCAUAUUUACUGGUAAUUACAGUAAGGAUCAUUUUUUUGACGCUUUUUGCUGUUAAAUUUUUGAGAUUUAAAAUAGAAGAAAAUGAUAAUCAGUUAAAUUUUUUAAAUGGCUACAAACAAUACUUUUAAAUUUUUGAGUCAUUGACGGUAAUAGGGGUUGUAUUUGAUAAGACAUGUGAUAAAAAAAAUUUGUACAAUACAGUAUAUAUAAUAAUUAAAAAAAAAAUAUGCUUUAUUGCAGUACAGUCCUAGUAUUUAUUUUAGACAUUAAUAUUACAAAUUUUGGAAUUCAUAGUCAUUAUUCCUUAGAUAGCUUACUGCAAAAGCAAAAGUGAAUUUCAUAAUGUGAAGUUAUUCAUAACAUACUGGAGAAUGGUCUAAUGAAUGAUUUUGUUAUAAUCUUAGCAAAUUGUUUCUGCGCUCAUAUGUGAGCAAGAAACCGGGGACAAAAUGAAAUUGCCUUAUAUAUAAGUUAUAUAUAUCUGUGAUGUACUUACACAAUGAGGAAGAAGUUGUUAAGCUGGACUGACUUCAUUGUGUCCCUUAACCAGGUUGCCAAAAUUCUGAAUUUCAGAAAUGUAUCGAAUUGUUAUUGCAUUCUUUGGAAAAUGUUAAACAUGCAAGAAUCAGGCAGCACAUGAGAAAUGGGAGGUAAUAGGUUUAGUCUGAGGAAAGGGCAGAUAGCUCUAUUACCUUGGAUGAAGAGCCCCUCACCAGCAUCAGAAGUGUAUCAUAAAUGCAUGUUUAAGUACAAAAAUUUAAUUUUUUCUCAAGCUGUGUAGAUGGUAGUAUGCAACUAUUAAAGACAGGUGGAAGAAAAUGAAGGUGUUAUUUUUACCUUUAUUUUCUUUGUAAUAACCUCCAUAUCAAUACAGGUACUGUAGUUUGUUUUUCUGAUACGAGGCCAGUUUAUUAUCGUAAUUUGAAUAUCUAUGUAAUUUCUUCAUGCUGGUGCUGUUUAAUGAGUAGUGUAGUGAGAAACAUGAAUAUUCAGUUAGAACUGUAGUUUUUACUCUGGAAAUUUAUCUUUUCAACUUUAUAGAGGAUUUCCUUGCACUCUGAUAUCACAGCCAUGCAGUUCUCCUUCACCUUAUUUUUGUUUUGUUUUACAUUUUUGUCACAAUGGUCAUGUUUCACCAAGGUAGGAUGAGUAUCCACUCCUUUACAGUAUCCCUAGAAAUUAUUGGCCAUGUUUCACCAAGGUAGGAUGAGAGUAUCUGCUCCUUUACAGUAUCCCUAGAAAUUAUUGGCCAUGUUUCACCAAGGUAGGAUGAGAGUAUCUGCUAUUCACAGUAUUUCUAGAAAUUAUUGGCCAUGUUUCACCAAACUAGGAUGAGAGUAUCUGCUCCUUUACAGUAUCCCUAGAAAUUAUUGGAAAUGUUUCACCAAGGUAGGAUGAGAGUAUCUGCUCCUUUACAGUAUCCCUAGAAAUUAUUGGCCAUGUUUCACCAAGGUAGGAUGAGAGUAUCUGCUCCUUCACAGUAUUUCUAGAAAUUAUUGGCCAUGUUUCACCAAGCUAGGAUGAGAGUAUCUGCUCCUUUACAGUAUCCCUAGAAAUUAUUGGAAAUGUUUCACCAAGGUAGGAUGAGAGUAUCUGAUCCUUCACAUUAUAUCUAGAAAUUAUUGGCCAUGUUUCACCAAGGUAUGAUGAGAGUAUCCACUCCUUCACAGUAUCCCUAGAAAUUACUUAGUCCUCAUUUCCUGUGCUCACUGUUUUCAUUAAUAUGUUCUCGCUAUACUUUGAGCUCUGAGAUUUUCAGUGGAAAUCUAGGCAAAAUACUUGGAGGUCAGGUUACUCUUGAAAGGUUGAAUGUUCUUGGAGGUCAUGGUACACCUCAAAAUGGGGAAACUUUGACUUGUUAGCUACUCAUUCUAGGUGAAGAGGUUAGGUGACACAGUGUAAUAAUACUCCUCAAGCUUUCAUUUCAUAAAACCUCCUUUACACCCUCUUUCCAGUUCCUUUUGGGCUGUCUCCUGCACCUCCUACCAUUCCCCCAGAUGUAUAUACUCUCUUAGUCAACAUAUCUAUGAGGGUGUGUUUAUCUCAUACCUAAUAAGCAAAGUCAUGCAUACAAGCCUAACUGCCUUGUAAAUAGAUUUUUUAUCUCACUUAUAGAUAGAUAGUUUCAUGCAAAUUAAUAUGGCAUGAAAAUUUUAAAUUUUACACCAAAGCUAACUUAGCUAUCUAACCUAAACUUGGUAAUUUUUUUUUUAACACGUCGGCUGUCUCCCACUGGGGCAGGGUGACCCAAAAAAGAAAGAAACACUUUCACCAUCAUUCACACAUAAUCACUGUCUUUGCAGAGGCACUCAGAUACGACAGUUUAGAUGUCACUCCAAACAGCAAAUAUCCCAAACCCCUCCUUAAAGUGCAGGUAUUGUACUUCUCACCUCCAGGACUCAAGUCUGUCUAACCAGUUUCCCUGAAUCCCUUCACAAAAUAUUACCCUGCUCACACUUCAACAACUGUAAAUUUAAUUAGUAUUAUUUAACAAUGAAUUACAAUGUAUUAAUAUUGUGAUGUUCAAACUGAAGCAGUGAAUUAACAAACUUCUGCCUUCACAGUGAUGUUUGCCAAAUAUACUAAGCUAGCCAGUUUAGCUUCAAAAAGCAUGAUACUACAAUGAAAUAUACAAUACUCAUUUCGUGAUGCCUCAACCAAUAUUUGCAGAUUUAUAGUGAAACUGAAUAUAUACUUGGUUUAUUUGGCAAAUUUUGUUACUGUACCUACUCUCAAGACUCGUUCAGGAAGAUGAUUGGGCUCAUAUUCUUAUAUGACUGAUACCUUCCACAUGCAGCAUCUACUACUAACACCUAAUUCAUUUUCCUUCCACAUCCCUACGUUUUUUCUUCCCACAUCAUCUACUACUAACACCUAAUUCAUUUUCCUUCCACAUCCCUACUUUUUUCUUCCCACAUCAUCUACUACUAACACCUAAUUCAUUUUCCUUCCACAUCCCUACUUUUUUUCUUCCCACAUCAUCUACUACUAACACCUAAUUCAUUUUCCUUCCACAUCCCUACUUUUUUUCUUCCCACAUCAUCUACUACUAACACCUAAUUCAUUUUCCUUCCACAUCCCAUUUUUUUUUUCUUCCCAUAUCAGCCAUUUGUUCCACUAAAGGUCGGGUAUCCUGGAACAGGACAAAAAUUCACCAGUAUUCAUUCAGUAGCUGCCUUGCCAGAUGUACGUGAACACAUUUCAAACAACAGAAAUAAAUGGUGCUUUCAGAAGAUUGUUUUUCUAUUUUUUAUGAAGUCAGUUCUUUAGUACAGUGCAUACAGUACUUAACUUGACCAUAGUUACUUAAUAUUUAUUCUGAUAAAAAUCUAUUGGAUUCCUCAUAUAUUUUAUGCUGUGCAUAGUAUUAUUAUUUUUUUUUUUAUCUGAUUAAUAGCCCUUCACCAGCACAUUUACUAUCUUUUUGGUUACUACUUUAUAUAUUAUUUAAAUGUUUGAGGCCAAUAACCUUUUCAGGAGUCUAACUUUUUUUUUUUCCUUUUAAAAAUAAUCUUUUAUUUAACUAUCCCACAAGGUAUUGUAAUUUUUGUGUUGUUUUCCAGUAUGAAACCUUGCGUAAUACGGACAGAUGUAUCCAUUUAUUUUUAUAUUAAUCCUUGUAUAGUUUUAUCAGUAGUUAAAAAAACACCUCAGCAUUGUCUUGCUUUUUAAAUUUAAUGAAAAUUAAUAUAAAUUAGCAUCUCACACGGUGCUUUUUUUUUUCUAUUUUAACAACACGUGUACAUUUUUCACCCUGUGUUUUAUGUUAAGUGUUGAACUCCUGUGAAUGUGGAGAGAGUUGGCAAUUAUAUUUGUUUGAAGAAUGAAGUCCAAGAACUCUGGCUGAAACAGUUGACUAUUAACCACAAUGUGGAGAGGAAACUUGAAAUGUUUCUGUUGUCCGUCCUGGACUAUUAUCCAGUCACAACUGUAGAAGGUUUUAGGAAGACUGUGCAAACGUUGCUUUUCUUUUAAUGUUGAAAGAAGGGCAUUAUAGAAAUAGAUUAUCAAAUAUAGCAUCUCCAUAUCUUCUUAAUGCACUACAAAGUUGCUUGCAGUUCCUGCUACUUUACUGUUGGGUUAGUGUUUGUUGAACUUUAGUGGCAAUGUGUAAGCUAUGAACAUUUCUCAGAGUACAGUCAAACCCCAAAAUUUGAGAAUUAUGGAUGGAGGGCUGAACCUCCUCCACUGCUUGCACUAAAUAACCGACAUGGGUUUAGCUCUUCACAUUUAAAUAUACAUAAUGACAGAGGCUUCACUAAAACUGAAUAUACAAAUCUUACAAAAAUUCUGUUUGUACAGUAGGCUGUAUGUUGCAGACUUAAACUUAUUUUGUGUUUUGAGGUAAUAUAUCUGAAUAUAUCACUGUAAAUCUAUUGACAAUGGUUAGAAAGAACAAAAAGGCACAAUACCAUGACUGGAACAAUAUACAAAUAUGCCACAUAUAGGAGAAAGAAGCUUAUGAUGAUGAUUCAGUCCAGUAUGGCUAGUCAAUGGUUCAGGUCAGACUGAAACAUCGUCAUAAGUUUCUUUCUCCUAUGUACAGGUUAUUUGUGUAUGGAAUGGUUAGGAAGAAGAGAGAUUUGAUUGUGCGAAAUCCAUUGAGAACAUUCUUAACAAAAUCCUGUGGUUAGUUAUCAAGUUAGGGUUUGUACACCAAACAAGUAAAAUAGGCACUGUGAAGAACUCACCCACAUGAGAGGCCCUUCACAAGAUGACUUUCAGUAAAACGUUUGAUAAGCUAAUCACGUGAAUUACAGCUCAUGAAUUUUGGGGUUUGACUGUAAAAUGCACUCACAUUUACGACUGUUGUAAAAUGAAUAAGCAGUUAGCAAGGAACAUCAAGAAAUUUAUCUAUUAAAAUGCAUAGUAAGCUUGUUCACAAAUUAAAUACAUAGUAUAGUUAUUAUUUUAGUUGGAUGCAAUUGAUUAUUUUUGUAAAUGUAACAAAAUUGUAUCAAAUCCUUAUUUUGUUUAUCUGCCAUAGGUAGAUAGAAAGCUAUAUUCUGUUAUACUGUAAUUAUAAUUAUUACCUUUAUAAUCAUGAGGAAGCACUUAACCUUUAAGGGUCAUACAGCACCUGGGGAAUGGGAGGCAAUCAGGUUUGAUCCAAGAGAAGGAAGGAUAAUUUCAAUUCCUUAGAUCAAGAGCCCUUCACUAGCAUUAGGGCCCCCCCCCCCCUCUUGUAUAGUAUAUUGCACUUAUAGUAAACCCUCAAUAUAACAGACUUAAAAUUAAGUGUAAAAUCCACUGGUUAACUUGUACUUCUAACUCCUUUAUUUUUGUUUAUUGUAAUAGAUCUGUAAAUGGUAUGUACAAUACUAUAUUAAGUGUACACUAGAGUACUUUAGUGUGCUUUUUACUAUUUUUCAGCAUUCUGCUAUAACGGUCACAAGUGAUCCACCCCAUUAUAGCCUGUUAUAUUGAGUGUUUACUGUAUCUUAUGGUAUGUUUGUGAGUGUCAUCUUGUGUAAUGAUAUACUUGUCACAAUGAAAAAGUGCUUAAUUAGAUUUACACUAACUUUUUAAAGAAAUACAGUAUUAACUACAGCAUUUAGGUACUGUUAUGUUUUGUUUAUUAGUGAUGUAAUUUUUUUUAUUUUUGAAGAGGCAUUAGAAUUGUAUAGGACUGUUGAGUUGUCACAUCAUUUCCCUCACUUUAUGUGAAUUUGCUAUUAUGUGGUGUUUUAUUUCUAUAUGUAAUUCUAUCUGCAAUAUGCAUUGACCAUAUGCAUAUUGUAUAUUCUUAUGGGGAAUUAGUCUUAUAGCCUGAUUGAUUUUAAUGCAUCUGCCAUGUGCUUGGAAUGCAUCCAGAGCAUAAGAUAAAGGACAUCUAUUUUAUUUCAUUGUUUAUUACUGUAAUGAUAUUGGAAAAUUCUUCAGAAUGUGAAAAAUUUGGUAUACUCGUGUUUCCCAAUCUUCUGUGCCUGCCACCCCCAUCAUUGACGGAUUCCCUCUUUGACGGAAACAGUUUUAUUACACCGACUUUGAUGAUAUUUCCUUUAGCGCUCCUCACCGCCCUUCCUAACUCUACCUCUGUUAUACUCUUCACCCUCACCGAUCUCUGAUCAGCACGGUAUGACCCUUAUGGGUUUAGCGCUUUGUUAUAAUUAUAAUAUGCCUACCGUCCCUCUCAGAGUUAACUAGCCCCUCCGUGUCUACUGCCUCCCCCCCCCCAUCUUUUAAAUGUUGAUUAAGUCUGCUAGGAGACAGCAUAGCCCAGGUUGGGAAGCACAGCUGUAUACUAAAUUAGCAGGAUAACAGAUAUCUGUGUUUAUAUGGUGAUGAAUAAUGGAAAAUGUCUGCCAUUGUAUUAAAUGAUGAGUUAUAUGGUGAUGAAUAAUGGAAAACGUCUGCCAUUGUAUUAAAUGAUGAGUUUACCAAAAUGUGAUGUGAAGAAUAUUAAAGCACUGUUAAUUAUCUUGUUACAUUUGUUCACUGAAUAUGCUUUCUCUGGGUUGGCAAAUGUGAGGCCUGUGAAGGCAACCCGUUCACCGGCUUAUAUUGUCUCUUGCUGACAAGUAGGAAGUCGAUGACACAGCUUGUAGAGCUGGCUUUUAUUGGGGUGUUUUGUUCUAUGUGUUCCACACAGUGGACAGUUGUCCCAAUAAAGACUUUGCAAUUUGUGUCAUUGUUUCUAUCAUCAUUCUCUGUUCAUAUGCAUUUUUUUAAAAAUAUCUACAUUGUAGUAACAAUCAUAAUAAUUAUUAUUGUUAUUACUGUUAAAUUAGUGUUACUUCUAACUCAUUUUAAUACUAUCAGUUAUUGAUUUUCCUAGUGUAAUUAGGUAAAAUGGGCAGAUAGUGAACAUCAGAAUGGUUAUGAUGUGUGUAUUAUAUUUGUGGGGAAAUGUUAUACCCAUAAGGGUCAUACAGUGCACAAGGAAUGAGAGAUAAUUGGGUUUGAUCCCAGGAAGGGAAGGAUGGCUCAAAUUCCUUGGAUCAAGAGAUCUUUACCAAUAUCAUGGCAGUCCCAGUCAAGGGCUACGAAGUGUGGAAAUUAAAAAAGACAAACAUAACAAUUUAAUAUGUAUAGCCCAUUAUUAUUACGAGAUUUUAUUGUUAUGACCAGAUCCAAAUGAAUGAUUAAAGUGUCAAAAAAGGUUAA